ACACACACAGCACGGACCUUGGCUAACUCAACAAAUAAAGUUCAAAGCUUCAUCGGUGCAGCAGCUUUACCUUUAAGUCAAUGGGAUCCGUGACUUAUUUUUAACUAGCGACGUGGAGGUGAUUAAAGGCCAGCCACUAAUCGUUCAAUCUCUGUGUAUUGAAGCACGUAAAUUGCUGCGUGUCAGGAGGAGGAAAGAAAAAACACCAAAACACACACAAAAACACCAAUUUGAGCUAACGAAGACUGACUGAAUCGCGGCGGCCAGUGUGGUUUGGGGAAUCAGCAAGAAAAAUUGAAAGUAUAAAGUCAGGUUUUAUAUCCAUUUCGACCUAUUCGUCUUUCUUCCUCCACCCACACAGUCUUCUGCUCUUGUCCGUCGGUCUGUCUGUCUGUUUGUCUGUCUGUCUCUUGCUAUUCGUCCGUGAUAAAAACCUUGGAAAACGACAGGAAAUCAAGGAAAUGCGGAUGAAAUCAUGGGGAAAUAAACUGAUGUGGAGAUUUUUAAUACAUAGAAGACUGUAUUGAGUUUGUCCAUUUGCCGCUACGACACGCCACUGCACCCUGUGUGUGUCCUGACGUCUGAUGCGCUCACUCCACUACACUCCAGUCCACCGAACGAUCCAGUAAUACACAAGCCUUCCCAGCACUCCGGAAAAGCAAAGACUCAUCCCCCACCCACUCCAGCCCACUCCAGGCCUCCUACACGCCCACCCAGACCUAUUACGCCCACUCCAUCCACCAGACUGGGGCGGAACGGAGUCAUGCUUUGGGCGUGGCUGUGGGCGUGGGGCGUCUUUGCCACCUUGACACUUCUGCCGCCCACAUGCGGGGACCCGAGACCACUGCCGCAGAGAGGCGGCGAGGGCAUCUUGGAGCGCGCCCCACCCUCCAGGCCGGCGCCCAUGUGGGACCAGCCGCGCCUCAAACCCUACUUUGAGAACACGACCAACACACGGGUGGUGGGCGCCGCAGGAAGGACUGCCUACCUGCACUGCCGCGUGGGUCACCUCGGGGACAGGGCGGUAACAUGGAUCAGGCGCAAAGGGGCCCAUGUGCUGACAGUGGGACUCUUUACCUACACCACGGACAGCCGCUUCACCGCCGUGCACUCAGAGGGAACCAACGACUGGACUCUACGCAUUGACUCUGCUAAGCGCGCUGAUUCCGGGGUGUACGAGUGCCAAGUGUCCACAGAUCCCAAGAUGUCCCGCCCCUUCCAUCUGCAGGUCGUUGAGGCGGCAGCACAGGUGGAGGGCCCUCGUGAGCUGCACAUGGUGAGCGGCAGUAACAUCAACCUGACGUGCAAGGUGACAGGAAGCCCAGAGCCCCCGCAGUACAUCUAUUGGUACCGCGGCUCCACACUGGUCAACUACAGCUCGAGGGGCGGCAUCAGCGUGGUUACUGAUAAGCUUUCCAGGACCUCGCGCCUCAUCCUCACGCGCGCCACCACAGCGGACUCCGGGAAUUACACCUGCGUGCCGGCUAAUGCUGAGUCCGCCUCCGUCAGUGUGUAUAUUCUGACAGGAGAGCAGCCCGCCGCCAUGCAAGGAGGGGAAAGUGCCGGAGUUCACUGUCCCGCCCGCCUCACACAGCUGCUCCUCGCGGUGACAGUAGCCAACGUGCACCACCUGGCCGGGAGAUAGUGAAGUGAUCCUCAGCGCUCCCUGCAGCCUUCCCUCUCCCCCUCCUGUGCAUCUCCUGUGUGUUUCUAAGUGUGCUCUAAUCCUAAGGUUCUCUGGUGCUGUGGCUGUGUGACUCCUGAGGCUCUGUGUGUGUGUGUGUGUGUGUGUGUGUGUGUGUGUGUGUGUGUGUGUGUGUGUGUGUGUGUGU